UUUUAUUGGUCUUGAACGUAACCUCUCGGUGACGUCAUUAGAAAGCGACUGUGUUCGGUUUGUGUUUCGGCUGCUGAGCUAACAGCUGUACCAAUUGUGUUUUGGUUUUGUUUUGCCUCCCAUGUGUCAUUAUCGCGAGGUAAGAAGUACAACAGUGUCAUGUUUCUAAUCAUGACUGCUCAGCCGUCGCUAUCAGUUCAGACAAAGCUGCUGCUUUACCUGAAGCUAUGGUAGCCCGUUAGCUAACAGUUAGCUCCAUUGCAAAAUCUGCACCUAAUGUAUGCGGAAUGCGCAACCAUUGCGGAUGUGGUGCAGAAAAAAUGCGCAUCGAUGCGACAGAAUACAUAAGUCAGCAUCACUAAGAAAUACGAACAUAGCUAUUUUAAAAUGCUGCGUAGCUGUAAGCAGUGUUGUGUUUUGUUGUAUUUCAGCUCUGAAGGCGAUUCUCUGCUGGAUGUUGGAUCUCACUGUAAAAAAGCUGGACGUUUAGUUGUAGCUCUCGGCCUACCCCUAGUGUUUUUAUACAGUGGAUAUAUGUUUUCAUUUGUCUUUCAGUGUACAUGAAAAGUGAAAAGUGUUCAGUGUACACUCAGACAUGAUCGUGUCUCAUACUAAGCUGCAACAAUGACUUAAAUAAUUUAUUGAAUAGAGUUGAAGAAUACUUUCUUGGGUUACAUUAACUCACCGUUUCCUAAGAAAACACUCCACAGUGUGUGUGGCAGCUGUACCCAAAGCAAAUAAAUUAUUUUCUGAUGCAGUAUACUGAAGAGUUGUAAUGUCUUUUAGCAGUAGGUUCAGAUAGACCUUGAACUUGUAUUAAUGGGGCAGCAGCUGUCACAAUCAGAAUUGGCCCGCGAGUCAAUUCGGCUAUAAAUUAGGUCUGACCCAUGACUGAGUACUACGAGGAGGGGGGGCUGCUGUAUGAGCAAUCACCUCCCAUGCACAUCAAAGUGGAGUCUCCGGAGGGACCCUUUGGAGGGGGAGCCUCAGAAAACGGCUUCCCCAGGGAGGAUGAGGACUCAGAGGGCAGCUGUGACCAGAACAGUGGAUUACCAGGGGGGCUCCCCUUUAACGUGGUAGUUGUGCAUCCGAACAUCAUGGCACCUGGCAUGUCUUCAGAUGACCUGUUGUCCAUUGAACAAAAUAGAGCUAUGUCGGCUGCACUGGCUGCUGGUGGUGCAGGGAAAAGAAAGAGUCGUUUCAGUGGAGCAGAGCUGGAGGUUUUAGUGUCAGAAGUCACUCGGUGUGAAGGAGAGCUCUUUGGUCCUGCAGGGAGGCUCCGGCGGCGGGAAAGAGAGCGCAUCUGGGCGGGAAUCCUGGAGAGAGUCAAUGCUGUGUCCAGAGUUCCACGUACGCUUCGAGAGGUGAAGAAACGUUGGGAUGACUUAAAGAGACGCAAUGGAGGCAGGCUGGCAGAUGCCCGCCACCGCAGCUGUUACCGGCCAUCCAGCAGAGGGGCCUCAAUGCUUGGGCGUCCUUCCCAGCCAAGCCCCAGGCUUCAGCAAGCCAGGCAAAAGCAAAGCACCAGAACAAAGCCCAGUUUCUCAUGUUUUCCUGACUCUGACACAGGUGUAGGAAUGGAAGGGUCAGAGAGAGAUGGUUUGGAGAAAGAUGAGGACAAUCCUGAGCGUGAGAGAGACAUGGGAGAACCUGAUUGUGAACCAGUAGAGAACAGCAUGGAAGACAAACUGGGAUUAGGACUGGGUCUGGGUAUAGGACCACCCCCUCCAUCAGAACGAUGGCUGCCUCCUUCCCCUCUCUACAGUGCUCCCUUCCUCAAUGGCAGCCCUCAGCCCAGCAGUCCUCAGCCAUCACUUGGAGCACAGCAGGGCUCUCUGGAAGCCCCUCCACGCAGUUCCUGGCUUGAAGAUGAGCUACGAGGGUUAGGGGAAGCAGCUAUUCAACUGGGAAAUCGGGUAGAAAAGAGUCUGCGGGAGUUUGGGGAAGGUUUCAGACAGGACAUGAGAACACUUGUUGCUUCGCAAGAGGCAUUAGCAGUCAGUCUACAACAAAACAAUGUCCUGUUGCAAAGGCUAUUAGGAGUGCUUGAGGCCCAGCAACAACCACAGCCACAGCAACAUCGUGUACAACAAGUACACCAUUUACAAACAUCUCAACAGCACUUACAGCCACAGACAUCUCAGCAGCAGCUACAACAUACAGAACCACAACAGCAACAGCAGAUUGAAACAACACAGCAGUCACAACUACAGCAUCAGCAGCAGUCACAUGCUGUACAGCAACAGCCCCAGAAGCACCAAACACAAAUACAGCAGCAGUCACAGGUCACCCAGCAUUCGAAUAAUCAGUCAACUGUUGCAGUGGUGCCUGCGCCAUCACCCCCCGUCAUACAUGGCACUUUUCCCUCUAAUACUUCCACAGACACAAAUGGAAAUAUGCAGAGGCCACGACGAGGAAGAGCUAUUGAUCACAGGCGCAGAAGACGGCGCUGAGGAGAAAGUACUUUAAAACUUGAAGUGCACAUCAUGUAUAUUUGGAGUUUAAAAAUGUGACAAGAAAUGAUGCUCUUUUUCUAUUGACAGUAUUUCUGUAAACAUAACAUGAGGUGUUUGGAGUUUUACUCAUUCCAAGUCACUAAUCCAUCUUGCACAUAUGUUUUUCAUCUGAGUGGACAGAAGUGGAUAAAACAAUUAGACACAUAAGGUAAUAGGGUGGCCUUAAUUUGAGCUUGGUUCUUCAGACAAGUCUACAUAUACAUGUGCUAAAAGACUUCCUGAGAAACAGUUACUCUUUGGAGUGAUAACUUUACUCCUGAAACUUUCAAUAUCCAGACAACAACAUAUUGUAGGUGCUGAUGUCUAAUAUGCAUAUCACUGUACAUGAUGUGCAGCAGAGCUGCAAAGCUCAUGAUGCCCUUACUAGUCCACUAAUGUCUCAGUUCUUCUGAUACACUAACUGCAUUGUUAAAAAGUACUUGUAAUCUGCAGUUGUUACCAUAUAUUGUAGUUAUUCAGCUGUUGUAUUUACCUGCUAAUGUAUGCUUGUGCUUUUUUAAUAUGGUACAUACUUUCCAACUUUGGUUGGGCAAUAAAGUUACUGUAUUAUGUUCAGUGCACUUUGAGGCAGAAAUGUUACA